AUGGUUGGGCUUUCCGAUAUCCUAGGAGCUGUGGCUCUACUCCCGGCUCUAGUUUCUGCUUAUGCUCUACCAGAGGCCUGCAGUGGAAUCUGCAACAACUCCCAUGAUCCAUCCAUCAUUCGUCGUGCAGAUGGCACAUACUUUCGCUUUUCGACCGGCGGCAGAAUUGCCAUCCACACGGCACCGAGCCUAUCCGGCCCUUGGACCUACAAGGGGGCAGCGCUGCCGGGCGGAUCCUCCAUUAACUUGCCUGGGAACCAGGACCUUUGGGCCCCCGACGUCGCGCAGGUGGGCAACCAGUACUACUUGUACUACUCUGUAAGCACCUUCGGGGUCCAGAACUCGGCCAUCGGCAUCGCCCGGUCCUCGAGCCUGGAUGCGGGCACCUGGACGGAUCUCGGCUCCACCGGGGUGGUGUCGAGCGCCGGUCUGCCGUACAACGCUAUCGAUGGCAAUCUCGUCAACGAGCCGGGGACAAGCAACUACUUUCUCACGUUUGGUAGCUUCUGGAACGGCAUCCAUCGCGUGCGCAUGACGCCGACCAAGAGCAACGGCGCCGCGUAUCAGGUCGCGUUUGACCCCAACGAUACGGCCAUGGAAGGCCCGACUGUGUUCAAGAACGGCGACUUCUACUACCUGUUCUUCUCCAAGGGCACCUGCUGUGGUUAUGACAAAAACAGGCCGGCGGCGGGGAAGGAGUACAGGAUCUUGGCAUGUCGAUCCAGCUCGCCUGUUGGCCCCUUUGUUGACAGGGACGGCAGGUCGUGCCGUUCCGGAGGUGGCACCGUAGUCCUCCAGUCGCACAACUGGGUGUAUGGUCCCGGUGGGCAAGGUGCGUACCAAGACCCGACGAACGGACCUGUUUUGUACUAUCACUAUGUGGAUACUCGCAUCGGUUUCGGAGACGGUCAGAAGAAGUUUGGCUGGAAUCGAAUCAACUUCUCAAGUGGGUGGCCCGUUGUCUAA